AUGUUCUCUAAAGACGAGGCUCGUACUGCUGUUGGGAUUAUAGGAAACAUCACUGCACUCAUAUUGUUUUUGUCACCCGUGCCAACAUUUUAUCGAAUAUGGAAGAAAAAAUCAGUGGAACAGUACUCACCAGUGCCAUACCUAGCCACCUUUGUGAAUUGUGGGCUAUGGGUUCUGUACGGACUGCCAAUGGUGCACCCACAUAGCACCCUAGUGGUGACCAUAAAUGGUACAGGGUUUGUAAUUGAGGUUAUAUAUUUGUUACUCUUUCUUAUAUACUCUGAUAGAAAGAAGAGGCUGAGGUUGGUGUUAAUAGUGGCGGCGGAAUGCCUGUUCAUGGCGGUUUUGGCCCUUCUCGUCCUAACUUCGGUCCAUUCGAUAAAACUCCGGUCGACCAUUGUUGGGAGCAUAUGCAUGGUGGGUAACAUUAUGAUGUACGCUUCACCGUUAGCAGUGAUGAAACUGGUGAUCACCACAAGAAGUGUAGAGUUUAUGCCAUUUUUUCUUUCCCUUUCCUCCUUUCUCAAUGGCAUUAGUUGGACUACUUACGCCAUCAUUCGUUUUGAUCCCUUCAUCGCAGCACCUAAUGGAAUGGGUUCAUUACUUGGUUUGGCUCAGUUAAUUCUAUAUGCCACCUUCUACAAAUCAACCCGAAGAAUGAUGACUGAAAGGAAGGCCAAAUCUGAGGUGGGCUUGGUAGAAAAAGCAUAUGCAGGAAAUACAAAGAAAUCCAACACUGAAAAUCAAAAUGGCAAUGUUUUAGAAGUUUAA